UCGAAUCUUGAAAUGGACAUACGGAGUAGAGAUAAUGGAAGAUUUUGACAUUCGUAAUGACCCACCUGACCUCCGAACCGAUGAUAAUAAAAUAGUGAAGUUCAAACCUCUUGCAUAUCGUGGGGAUGACGUUAAAGUCGACCAGACUUUUAAUAGUAAAUUUAAACCAUUGUAUAAUGACCAAACUGUGGCAGAAUUUCGCGUAUACAUUACAAGAGAAAUUAAACCACGAUACAUUAGUAAUGGAAUGCGGCCACUUGGUACCCUAAAAAUCGCUUUAUCCAGAACGCCAUCAUCAGGACGAGAUCGUCCUAUAGAAUGUCAAAUAGAAUUUGGAUUAACUUUUGGCAAGAUGGAAAUAAAAGCCAUGGCUAGAAAUAA